GGCGCAUUUUCUCACCAUUCAUCUGCCUCAGCGGUUGGAUGCGCGACCGGAGAGUCACAUCACUGGGCACAGUGUCAGAAAGAGGAGAUUCCAGCUGAAAUAAAUAUGAAAUAACGACAGAAAGGGAGUUUAUAUCAAACGCGGCUUAGUGUUUCUUUAUCUGGGUCAGUUACGUGAGUUUUUUUCCUUGCGGAGUUCUCCUUUCAUCCCUCGAGUAACUGGAUUAAUUUUAAUUAUGAGUUUAAUAUUGCUCGAUGCGUUUUCGCAAAGGAAUGAGUAAAAAAUCGUGACCAGAUUUUUCGCAUCAGACCACUUUUAACAACAGGAAUAUGGCAAAAAAUAUUAUAGACGUUCCAAGGGAUGAUUUAAGUAAGAUAUCGGAUGAAGAACUGCUUAAAUGUAGCAAAGAGGAGCUGCUGAGGAGACUCCGAAAAGUGGAUAGUGAAAAGAUUAACUUAAUGGUGGAACAUGGGAACAUGAUGAAGGACGUCAACCGGAGAUUACAAGUGCAUCUCCAUGAAAUACGGAGCUUGAAGGAAGUCAACCAGAAACUGCAAGAAGACAACCAGGAGCUUAGAGAACUGUGCUGUUUCUUGGAUGAUGAUCGGCAGAAAGGGAAGAAGCUGUCCAGGGAAUGGCAGAGAUUUGGGAGGUACACUGCCAGUGUUAUGUGGAAGGAAGUUGGUGUAUUCCAGCAAAAACUGAAAGACCUAGAGACCAACCAGGAGAGUGUGAUGAGAGAAAAUGUGGAGCUCAAGGAGAUCAUCCUCAUGUUAGAUGAUGAGAGGAAUGGAGCCGGAUCCAGGAGUUCCAUAGACAGCCAAUCCAGUUUGACCAAUCUGAAUGGAGGUUCUGCUACUGUUAGGGAUGUUGGAGACGGGAGCAGUACUUCCAGCACGGGCAGUGCUGGAAGCCCUGAUCACCACCACAAUCAUAUGCACAAACCUUCAGAGGGAAAGAUGGUGUCUAUCAGGAGGUCUAUGGAUGAUCUAUCAGCCAACCAUCUUCUCAGAAGCAUACCGAAUGGGCUCAAUGAUUCAUCUUCAAACUACAUCCGCCAACUUGAGACUAAAGUCCGGAUUUUAGAGGAUGACAACAAACAAUUGUUAUCCCAGCAGGGGAACAUGGGGGAUCUGAAGACACUUCGGAAGGGGCUGUCCCUGUAUCACUCAGAGUCCCAGCUCUCCUCGCUAUCCCAGUUUCAGGACACCUUACAGAAUGGGUCUCCGCGGAUGCCAGGAGGUGAUCUGCCGCCCCCCGUCACAGGAUACCUGCCGGCAGCACAGAAACCAGAAGCUGUUGUACAUGCCAUGAAAGUAUUAGAAGUCCACGAGAACCUAGACAGGAAGAUCCCGGAGGACUACGAGGAGGAUCUCAGUGAGAAAGAGAAAGCCAUUGUCAGAGAGAUGUGUAAUGUGGUGUGGCGUAAGCUCGGUGAUGCAGCAGGAUCCAAACCCUCCAUCCGCCAGCAUCUCUCUGGGAACCAGUUCAAAGGCCCUUUGUAGCUUCCAUGUCAAUGACCAGCAGGGCCUUGAACAAACAAACAAAUCUGUGAAUAUGACAGGAGGAACAGACAGUCUCAGAACUGGGCAACUUCUGGAAACGACACAAAGAUCUUCGCUUCUACUGCCAGCUUCUUUCAGCCCAUGGCAUUCAGCUGAGACAUCUCAAACCUAUUGCCUACGACGCCAGGUGGUAGCUUAAUAUAUAAUGGACUCACAAUUAGCACAAGCUAAAUCAUAGCUCUAUUUAUGUGCACACCAUCCAAGUAUUCACACAAGGCAGCUUAAUGGAUUCAUUUCUUGUUCCAGAUAAGAAAUGAAAGCGCACAGCUCUUACGCAGAUAAAUACUCCACAGAGAUACUCCUACAAGAUCCUUUCUACUCCUAAAAGCUUUUUGAUUUUGGCAUAAGACCACUCCAUAUUAUUCAACUACUCAAGGAUUUUUUGUUGACCUUUUACACUGCAGUUCAAAAGUUUGGGUUGUUUUUGAAAGAAGUCUCUUAUGCUCAGCAAGGCUGUGUUUAUUUGCUAAAAAAUACAGUAAUAUAGUGAAAUAUUAUUAGAAUUGAAAGUAAUUAAUACCUGUGAUGCAAAGCUAAUUUUUAGCAUCAUUACUCCAGUCUUUAUUGUCACAUGAUUCUUCAGAAAUCAUUUUAAUGAGCUGAUUUGAUGCUAUUAUCAAUGUUGAAACCUUGCUUAAUAAUUUAAUAAAAACCAUGAUAUUUUUUUUUCAGGAUUGACUGAUGAAUAGAAAGUUCCCAAGGACAGUAUUUAUUUAAAAUAUACAUUAUUAUUGCAUUUUUUUUUGCUAAAUUUCAUGCAUCCUUGCUGAGUAAAAGUCAACUUUCAAACUAUAUAUAUAUAUAUAUAUAUUUUUUUUUUUUUUUUUUUUUUUUUUUUUUGAGCCACUCCAAUCAUGAUAUGACAGACUGUUAUCAUUACAAUUAAACUUAAACCAAGAUUCAUGUUACUUAUAAAGUUACCAGCUAUUGACUAUUAAUUACCAAGUUAUAUUCAUUCAUCAGUGUUAAUUUUGGACCGUUAAUGUAGCUGAAAAACAAAACAUAACAGUAAACUUAUUAAUUAAAAAGUCUUAUUUCAGGUAGUUCAUGAAUAACACAUUUGCUCAGGUUCCCAGAAAUACAUACUCUAAAAUAAUACUGUAUACUAUAUGUGAAUAAAUUCUAUAACCUGGAAAUAUUCAGAGGAUAUAUGCAGGCCAGCUCAUGAGUUUAAGCAUUUAAUUAUAUUUUUUUCCUUUUCAAACAGUACUUAUAAAUGCCAGCUCAACUCAAAGUGUAUUACCUUAAGUUCCAAAUUGACAAUCGUGAUUAAUGAAGCUGCUUUCUAUGCCUUCAUUUGUGUCUUUGUAAUUAAACAAAUAAAAUCAGAUGGAGUCAAAAUUCAAUUUCAAUAUAUGUCCUAAUGCAGUGCUUUUGAUUGCAUACGAGAUCUUAGGGAUUUGUGGGGUCAUAAUAGAAUAAAAAGUACUGUUAAAGAAAUAGUUCGCUCAAAAAUGAAAAUUUGUUUAGAAUGUACUCACCCUCAAGCUUUCCAAGACGUCUUCAUCAGAACAGAUUUGGAGAAAAGUAGCAUUACGUCAUUGCUCACCAAUGCAUCUUCUGCAGUGAAUGGGUGCCGUCAGGUUAUUUUCUUACAAACAUGCAGCUUUUCAUUUCACAAGAUUUGAAUUGAUGCAGUCGUGUGGAAUAUUAUGAUGUUUUUAUCAGCUGUUUGGACUCUCAUUCUGACGGCACCCAUUCACUGCAGAGGAUCCAUUGGUGAGCAAGUGAUGUAAUGCUAAAUUUUUCCAAAUCUGUUCUGAUGAAGAAACAAACUCAUUCACUGUCACCUUGUAUGGUCUGAGGGUUAGUUAAUUUUCAGGAAAUUUUCAGUUAUGGGUAAACUAUUUAUUUUAAUCUGUUUUUAGAGUCCUAUAUGACAAGAACUAGAACUCAGAACCCAAGAUUUUAAGAAUACUGAUAUCUAGAUACUGAAUAGGUGCAAUAGAGAAAAUUUUUGGUGGAUGAAUGCAAAUAUUGAAGUGGUGUGUGCUUUCUGUUUAGUCUGAAAUAGCAUAACUGAGGUUUCAUCAAUCAGCUAUUUCGAAAAGCAUUUAGUAUGUGAUGAAACUUCAGCAUUUUAAUGGCGUAAUCUGCAGUUGGAGCAUGUAAAGUACCUCAGCCAGUCACACUUUCCAUUAUUCCUUUUACUUUUACAAAGCUUUUAACAUUUCUGAGUGUACUAAAUCAGUCCAUGCAGCAUGUGCUGAUAAAAACUGGAUACGUUUUGCAUUAUUAAUAAUAAUAAGCUUCUUUUGCUGAAUUUUGUGUAAAGCUCCUAAUUCUGCUCCAUAGGCACAGGCUACAUCUUUUAUGUGUGUACUAUACGAUAUAUAGCGAAGUCUUACGAAUGAAAGUAAAUGAGAACGCAGUAAAUGAGGUGUCUUUUGAGUUUUAUGUGUUAUAAUUGAGAUCCAUUAUCUGUGUACAGAAGAACUGUCUCAAAAGAUGCUUGCUGCAUUCACACAAAGUUCUUUUUUUUAAAACCAGUGACCCGAUAAGCCAUAAUUUUGUAUUGUUUGUUUAAAUCGAAGCUAUUUUGAGCAUUGCCGAAACCCUCUGCCGAUCUAGUUAUUUUUGUAUUAAAGCUGUGUGGAUAUUUCAUUGAAUUUGUAUAUUUAUGAAAGCACUUUUACAGUGCUAGACUGAAAUCACAUUCGUAUUGGAUGUUUUUUUUUUUUCACACUGGAUGCAGCAGGUGGCUUUUUGGCAGUGUGUUACUAUUUGUUCGUCUGUGUUUAUGAGAACAAAAUGAGCAGGAAACAUUUGAAUAAGCGAAGAAAAUAGUUGCAUAUUUUUCCAAAAGGAUACUUUAUGAAUUUGGGUCAGUAAAGCAGUGCACAGUAAAUAUUGUCUUGGUUAUGCUGUGAAGUGUUUUGUGCAAACACAAGACCUAAAUCAUUGGUGUUGGGGUACACGCAUACAUAAAAACUAUUUUUGAAAUCCGAUUAAAAGUGUCCUUUAUAAACAGAUCUAGAAUACACAACUACUGACUCUUUUGUAUUUAAGUUUGAAGCACAAAAGAAUCUGAAAUGCUGAUAUUUUCCUAUUUUCUUUUCAAAUGCACUGCUUCUUUUGUGAAUCUGUCAUGAAAUUCAAUGUUCUGUGUAGCUCAUCUGUAUGUGAAACAUGAAACACAUUAAGUUGUAUUCUAGGACAUACAAUUCAGCGCAAUGUAAAUAACUACUAUUACUGUAGAAUACCUGUAACUAGCAUGCGUUUAUAUAUUUUUAAUAAGCUGUAUGUAGCUGAGAAUGGACCUGUAUUUUAGCUAAUAAAAAAUUCUAAAUAAAUUGCAAAUAACCCUCUUGUAGAUUUGAAAUAAAACAGAAUCCUUCUCUUUGUAUGAA